AUGAAGCUUCUCAUCUUGGCAUUAUUGGUCAUGUUGAUGGUGGAAUGCUUGGGUAAGGAACAGAAGAGCAAGGACAGCAAGAAAGUGGACUCUACAAAAAAGGAUGGUCCAGGUAAAGACGCAAAAAAGACAGAUUCCGCCAUUAAGGACGACAAAAGCAAAGAUACGAAAAAACCUUCGAAGGAGAAGAAAAGGAAGGGAAAGCACUUCUGGUUCGACGGCAAAGAUCAGUGGGGGAAGCAACAGCUGGAUUUAUGCUUCAAGCAAACUCAACUACCAAACGAUUACUUCUGCUACAUGUACUACCGCAACUACGAACCGAAAGGUAUCGACGAAGAAGGGUUUAUGAAGAAUUACUUGAAAACCUAUAAAAGACGAAAGGCUAACACGACUACUAUUCCACACAAAUUCGGCAAAGGUGUUGCCAGAAUAUUCCGUCGGGCACAGGCUCUCAUUCCAAUGCUCAAUUUCAGUCUUAGUGGACCGUGGGAAGUAGGUGACUUCCUUAUAGAAAAGGAGGGCAUCAUGCAGCUCACUACGACUAUCAUCACCUACUCUUCGCCAGAUCAAUAUAGCAAAAAAACUCGAGAAUACGGAAAUCGUUUUGUGACAUUCGCCCUCACGCUAAAGGCCGCCACGUGGGGAGGAGGUAUGUCAGGCCCAUAA